AUGGAGAACGAGCCUUCUGCGCCUGCGUCCAAGACGACCACCCUCGCCGGCUCUGCCGCACCGUCGCGCGCCACCUCGCUCAAGAAGACGGCACCCGAGUCCGCCCCGACGUCGCGUGCGCCGUCGACGUUCCACCCGCAGGACGAGGUCGACGAGGUCCCGACCAAGGAGCGCGCGCCCGUCUUCGUCGUUGCCCUCUGCCUCUUCCAGUCGCUCGCCGGUCUCCUCUUUGGAUGGGAGCAGGGUGUCAUCUCGGGCCUCGUCCAGAACGACGUCUACCAGCGCCGCUUCGGCGAGCCUGAUGCGGCGUCGCCGUCGGGCUACUCGAUCCCGUCGACCCGGCAGUCGCUCAUCACCUCGUUCAUGAGCCUCGGCGCCCUGUUCGGCGCCCUCAUCAUCGGCCCCGUCGCUCGUCGCACCGGCAUCAAGAAGUCGUUCAUGUUCUCCCUCUUCAUCUACAUGGUCGGCCUCGCCAUCGAGACGUCGGGCCAGGACCAGUGGGGCCAGGAGGUCGCCGGUCGCUUCGUCACGGGUUUCGGCGUCGGCUCGCUGUCGCUCCUCGCCCCGCUGUACCAGGCCGAGUGCUCGCCGAAGCACCUGCGCGGCCUCAUCACCGGCACGUACCAGCUCAUGGCGACCGUCGGCAUCUUCCUGUCGAACGCCGUCAACUACUCGCUCCACGACGCCGGCAACGACUUCUCGUGGCGCUUCCCGAUCGCGGUCCAGUUCAUUUUCGGCGCCGGCGUCUUUAUCGGCACCGUCUUUGCGCCCGAGUCGCCCCGCUACUUCGUCCAGCGCGGCAACAUCACCCAGGCUCGCGCCAACCUCGCCAAGCUGCGCGGUCUCGAGCAGGAGGACCCUGCGCUCCUUGCCGAGCUCGACCAGAUCGUCGCCGGCGUCGAGGACGAGAAGCUCGCCGCCGACUCGACCUACCUCGACUGCUUCCGCGCCAAGGACAAGAUGCUCCUGCGCACCAUGAACGGCAUCCUCAUCCAGAUGGGCCAGCAGUGGACCGGCGUCAACUUCUUCUUCAGCUACGGCACCAAGUUCUUCGCCGCCUCGGGCAUCAAGGACUCGUUCAUGACGCAGCUCAUCCUCUCGGGCGUCAACGUUAUCGCCACCUUCCCGGGCCUCCUCGCUGUCGACCACCUCGGUCGCCGCACCGUCCUCUUCAUCGGCUCUUUCAUGAUGUUCUCGGGCCAGGUCAUCGCCGGCGCUGUCUCGACGGCGAAGCCCAACGACCCGGCCGCCGGCAAGGCUCUCAUCUUUGCGAGCUGCUGGUUCAUCGCCGGCUUUGCGUCGUCCUGGGGCCCGCUCGGCUGGGUCGUCGCCGCCGAGCAGUUCCCGCUCAAGAUUGCCCCCCUCUGCGUCUCGCUCGCGACGGCCUCGAACUGGCUCAACAACUUCAUCAUUGCCAUGAUCGUCCCGUACAUCACCGACGCCGAGUACGCCAACCUCCAGAGCAAGAUCACCUUCAUCUGGGCCGGCGCCAUUGCCUUGUUCACCAUUUACGUCUUCUUUUUCCUUCCCGAGACCGGCGGGCUUUCGCUCGUCCAGGUCGACGAGCUUUACCUCACCGGUGUCCCGGCGUGGCGCAGCAGCUCGUGGACCCCGUACGGCGGCGCGACCAAGCGCAACCGCGAGGACCGCACCGACGAGGCCAAGCGCCUCAAGCUCGGAACCGAGGAGUCGCGCCUCGAGAACGUCCCGGCCAAGCGCAACCUCGACGACGAGGAGGAGACGACCGCCAAGGCGGCUUGAGCUUCCCUUUCUCUGUUGGUCGUCUCCCCUUCCGCAGCUCGCCUGCCCCUCGCUCUCGCACUCUCUUUCCCUCGUUCGCACUUCCUCCUGUCCCCUUUGGCUAGAUUCCCUCGUCCUAGAUUCUCAGAUUACCUAGAUUAGACCCUCAUCGACGUACAGCAGCUGUCGUUCUGCAUUGCAUCGCAUCCUCCCC